AAAUCAGCCUGAAGUUCUGUGUGACAUCUGUGAGGAAACAAAGCUGAAAGCCCUGAAGUCGUGUCUGGUGUGUCAGAGCUGUUACUGUGAAACUCACCUGGAGCCUCAUUUGAAAGUGGAAGGUUUAAAGACACACAAACUGAUGGAGCCUGUGAGUAAUUUGAAGGACUAUGUCAGAAACACAAGAGACCUCUGGAGCUGUUCUGUAGAGAUGAUCUGACAUGUGUGUCUGAUGUGUUGUGUGACAGACCACAAGAACCACAACACUGUUUCUGUAGAAGAGGAGAGUGAAAAGAAAAAGACUCAACUGACAAAACAGAUGAUCCAGGACAGAAAAAAUGAGAUUCAAGACAUCAAACACUCAGCAGAAGUCAGAAAAAGAAACACAGAGAAGGAGAAAGCAGCCCAUGUUGAACUCUUCACUGAUCUUGUCCACUCCAUUGAGAGAUGUCAGACUGAACUGCUGGAGAUGAUGGAAGAGAGGCGGAAAGCAGCAGAGAAACAGGACCAAGAGCGCAUUGAAGAUCUGGAGAAGGAGAUCACUGACCUGGAGCAGCUCUCACACACUGAAAAUCACAUCCAAUUCCUACAGGUCAGUGAACAUCUCUCUGAUCAAUGAUAAUGCAGU